UGUUCUGCGUUCUGCGCGGGUCAGGCACUUCUUCUCCCACGACGUCGUCACUCUCCUACGAUUUGCUGUUCUCCAAUACAAGCUUGUGAGCCAAACAUUUCCCUCCCUCUCCCUUCAUAGCCUCGAAAUAAUCCGGAUUCUUCGCCGCAUCAUGGCCAAAGAUGAUAUCUGCUCGAAACGCGCGCGGGAUCGACUAUCCGGAGCCUUGACCACAGCCUUAGAAAAUGACUUGCUGGAUUGCUUGCCCGAUCUCUCGGCGGGCUUGGAUACGCCUCUCAAACGAAUCAUCAACUCGAACAGCCCCUGGAACUCACCCUCCAAAUCGCCCCGCCAACCCCGACGUCGCCGCAAGAAGGAAGUGCCCUAUGAAAACGCCUUUCACCACACUUUCGUCAUGAAGCUCUUUGAUCGGAGUGUGGAUCUGGCCCAAUUUCCCGCGGGCACUUCCCUGUAUCCCGUGGCACGGGCCUGGAUGAAGAAUCAACCGCACAACACCAACUUUGCACCCAGAGUUCGCACACCCACCCCAGAACCCAUAGAAGUGCCCGAAGUUGAAGCCUCGCCUAUGGAAGAAGACAGCACCGGAUCCGACCAGGCAGAGAAACAAGAAAGUGCCAAGGCCAACGAUGAUCCGGAGAAUGAAGAGCCAACCCAAGUCAAUGGCCAUGAACCGACGGAAGAGGUCAAGCCGUUGAAGCCCGUUUACAAACUACCCGUGUUCUUACCCUUAGCCCGAAAUCCCGAAGGCGUGGAGGAACGAUUGAGAAUCCCAUCCAUUCCGAAACCUGCUACCGUGACGUUUCACUUGGACGAGAUCCAGAAGCCAGAAUGUUCGCCCGAGGAUCUGACCCAGUCGCACUUGACGCAAUGGAAAAGCGUGCGGCAACGUUGGCGCCAUGCGGCUGUGACCAACGAAGAACGCUACGCGGACAGUUUGGCGGUGAUACAAGACAUGUUCGAGAAAUAAGAGUUGGAUUACCCUCGAUUUCGGGA